CUGGAGGAUUUUGCUGCUCGAACUCAAUACUGAGCUGUUCGUGUGAAGUCCCUCCAGCACCAGUCAGCUGCGGGUCCUUCGCGGUAUCGAAAGCGAAAGCAGUUCUCGUGAGCCAGACGCAGAUAGGCUGCACGGCUGAAUCCACACAUCUGGAACGCCUCAGCAAAACAAUGUCCGACAUCUCACACGGCAGGCAUCAGCAUGAACCAUGACCUCGUGGAAAGGUUCAGGGAGAAACUAGACAAUUUCACCAUCUCAGAUUACCAUGGGCUGAAGAGUCCAGGUCUCACAUGCUAUCUGAACAGUGUGCUCCAGGUGCUUUUCAUGACCGAAGACUUCCGGGAGGCUGUGAUAAAAUGCCGCGACGACGAUUCAUCAACCAUCGACCCACAUCUGGGACGGCUGUUUUCUGAACUGCAGAAAUGCGUUGCCAAAACGCACAACGUCACAAAGCAGCUGGGGAUCACGAACGUGUUUGAGCAACGUGAUGCUGCGGAGUAUUUCGAGAAGAUCCUGUGUCGGACCAGUCCGGAGGCAGCCAUGAUCUUCAAGGGGGAGCUGAACCACAAGGCCACCUGCCACGGGUGCAGGGAGAGGAACGAUUCCAGGAACAAAUUUUGGAUUCUGCCGCUCGCGGUGGAAGAUUCUCAUCGCCAGACCUACAGCGUGGAGCGAGGACUGACGGCUCUCUUCAAGGGUGAGAAAGUCUGUGGGGACAACAAGAUGUACUGCAACCGCUGCAGACGAAAGCAGGACGCAGACUUUGGAUGUGAGAUAACACACCAUCCAGACGUGUUGACCCUCCUGCUGAAGAGAUUCAGGUUUGACUACAGGCGCAGGCGUUACGUCAAGCUGUACUGCGAGGUGGACAUCCCCCAAACGUUACACGUGGAGAACAGCACAUAUGACCUCUACGCUUUAGUCAACCACUUUGGUGAUCUGACAGGAGGUCACUAUACCGCACAAAUCAAAUCGUUUGAGACCGAGGCGUGGUACCACUUCAACGACGCCGUCGUGGAGAGGGUCAGAAAACCGAUAUUUGGGGCUGGAGACGAGUCUUUGAUGUCUUGCACCGCUUACCUCCUCAUGUACAGGAGGGGGAGUAAAAGUCGUGAAAAGGAAGAUGAGGCUGAGGGAAGACAUGAGGAGGCAGACAGAGGAGGACCUCUUGUCUGUAGUCAUCAGCUCACGAAUGAGAGCUGCAGGAGAGGGGAAACCUUGGUGCACUUGAAUGGCGAUCCAUUAAAGAAGGGGAAUGACGAUACGCUCCGGGAGAAACUGCCGCAAACAGACCCUGAAGCAGGCAGAGACAGACAAACCAAAAACCCAAAUUCUGCAAAGUUGCGAAAAGAUGGACGACAAAAGACACACGGGCGAAACACACAGCCAGAUGCAAACUCAAGGGAGCACAUGCAACAUCUCGAGAGUAGAGGGACCCCCACAGUACCACUGGGAAAACAAAAUGGAGACAACGCAUUAAAGCCUAACCAUGAACCCCAAAAGAAAAUUCGUAAGACCAACAACGCUGUCCGGGAAACACAGACCAAUGCUGCUGCAGAGACCGGAACAAAACCAACGAGUUUGCCUGACGGUAGUCACAGAAAAAAUAGAGUCAAACCAGCAGGAACCAGAGUUGAGGGGAAAGAAAUGGAGGCAGCGGGUGCAAGGGUAGGAGCAGAAGGACGGAUAACGCAUAAAAGAACGGGCGGUGUGACUAAAAGCAGGGAUCACUCUGAUGUGAAGACAUUUCCUGUGGGCUCAGAUGAACCCACGAAGCGCAACUGUUCACCAGACCGAUACAGAAAAUCGCACAGUUCGGAGAGAGUCGAGGAGAGGAGGCAGCGUCCACCUGCAAGUCCUUCAAAGAGAAGACACGACAUGAGAGAUCCAUGGAGGUGAUGAAAUUAUAAGGAUAAUCAAUGAAUCUUCAAGUGAGGAGUGUUUUUUUUGUCACUUUUUUUUAGUAUUCUUGAUUACACAUGUGACUAGACUCAUGCAAACCUGAUUCGCUGUUGUCCGAUGAGCCUGUGCUGCUGUCAGCUGUGACAGGUGAAGCGAGUGUGAUCAGCGCUGCAACAAUUUUCUGUCCCUCCAAAAGUUUUUCAGAUAUUUCAGAAAUGUGGCCAACCGACGGCCGUGAAGUUAACGAGAAUAUAUAAGUUGAUUCAUCGUGUUUACAGUAAACAUUAACACUGGAUGAGUCUGCUUAAACCCAGGGAUUCGUUUAAUUACGAUGGCGCAUCAACGCUGCCACUUCAGGUGCUACUUCCUGGCCUUGAUAGCUCAGCUUAGUGACUUAUAUGAUAUAGACUGAUAAUUUAUAUGAUAUGAUGAUAAUAUAGCACAUAACAGAGAGAAAACUGUCGCUAAGGAGGACCACAGUGAAUGCCGUGUGGAUUAAGUAAGAUUAUAAAGCAGAAGCAGAUAAAAAAAAUAAUAAUGUACAUCUGAAUAUUUGUGUUCAUACAAACCUGCCGCUCUCAAGUAGUUUUGGAGAAGACGUUUUCAUCAGAAGAGAUGGAUGUUCAUUGACCGACUUGUUUUAUACCUGAACAGACUAAAUUAAAAAAAAUGAUAAUUCUCUUUGCUUUCGUGACUGAAUAAACUGAAUAAACAAACUGACAACACA